GAGGGUGAAACUUACAAAGUCUUGAAGAACGCCAAUGUUCGCAAUAUCGCAACAUGCAUCACAUGUCAUGAUGUACCAUCUCUCCCUCAGCAGCGCACACAGACUUUCAAGUUUGUGAACACUUCAUGGGUGUGUACUCAUCAAGCACUCACUCCACAUAUACAUUACCAUUUGGUUUUCAAUCUUGUGGGCAAGCUGUUGCUACACUUCAAGAGCUCUCAUCAAGUUGUCUAUGCUGUUCAUGAUGCACUGAUU